GUGUGUUUGCCUACUCCGUAGUUUGGGACAGGCUCUGCUCUCUGCUUUCCUUUCGUCGGGGGUCUUGUCUGAGAUCUUUCAGUUCUACCUCCUUCUUGCCAUUCACGAUCCUUCCCCCGCAGGUGUCGGCGCGAUGUCGCUCUCAUGGCCAUGGCAUUUUAUGACCGUCUCUGAUGCGGAAAAACAACAGCGUCGCGAGCUUCUGGACCUACGCGGAUUCUACGCUCAAUGCUCCAUCGUGGUCGCCCUUGUUCUGGUCCGGCUGUAUAAGGCGUCCUCCAGUGCAGCUCCUGGAACAGAAAAGCCAGCUGAAAGACGAUCCAAACGCAAGCCUGUGGAAAAGUCGUGGUUGGACUCGCCGCCCGUGGCCGGUUGGUUCGAGACACGCAGGCAGUACAUCAUCUGUCUGCUCUGGCUUGGAUGGCUUCUAGGCCUCUCUGUCUGGAAUAGUGGUGAAGAUUACCUCCAUUUCACCAAAGCUCUAGGCCAUGUCGCCCUGUCUCAGCUCCCCCUGCAGGUGCUCAUGUCACCUGCCUUGUACCUGAGUCCGAAACCAGGAUCCCCAUCCAUCGUAUCGGUAUUGACAACGGUUCCACAACCGGUCAUCAACUCCUACCAUCGCCUCUUCGGUCGAUUGGUCAUCUCGCCCUUGCUCGUCGCCCAUGCUUUCUUGUACUCGUCAUUCUUCCUGCAGUCCAGUCACCCCGAUUAUAGCUCUCUCUAUGCGAAGCGCAUCCGGGACCCCGAUGUCCAGUGGGGAGUGGCGGCUGCGGCUAUGGCGACUGCGGUUGUGCUCUUUGCUCGUCCGGCGGUGAUGCCUCGCUGGGUCCGCUGGGUGAAGCCGACUUCUGCUAAGGCUAGACAGCAGGUGUUCUACAUUGUGCAUGUCUUGAUCGUGGGAGUGUUGGAGCUUGCGGCCUAUUCUCACGUCUCCGUGGCACGGGUUUAUAUCAUCGAGUCUUUUGUGAGCUCUGCGCUCAACUUCAGUUGUUGUUGGUUGUUUCAGUAGACGGCUUUGGGUCGACUAUGCGUGCCUGGUGGAGAGUGUCGUUUGUUGGGGGUUUGGUGGUCUGGGGAAAUGCUCAAAUUGGCAGCAUUAGAGAUUGGGGACUUUACGCAAAUAUCUAUGCUUAAUGGGGUGCAUGUAAGGAGGGGAAUGGGCCUCGAUAAUAAUUACUGGGCUCUUCAAAGGUGAAAGCUAUAUAUAUCUCUGGGGUGAGACAACGCCUGGACAUCUUUCAAGUUUUUAUACCAAUGGCAUGGCGAUCUAG